CCUUCCCUCCCGCAGGCGCCGCUCUGUCCCUGCCCCGCUCCCGUCCUUCCUCUCUCUCUAUGGUGCUCCGCGCAGGCCCCGCCCUGCGGGGGAGGCGGCCAUCUUGGCCGGGUGGCGGCGGGAGCACGUUGUGCCGGACCGCGCUCGGCAGCUGCGGCGGCCGCUGAGCCCGGUCCGGAAGCUGGACCCCGUUUGUCGAUCUGGAAGACAGAUCACCCUCAUAAUUGGUGAAUGCGUGUAACCAUCAACCGUGCAUUAUGGCAGACAAAUUAACAAGAAUUGCUAUUGUCAACCAUGACAAGUGUAAGCCAAAGAAAUGCCGUCAGGAAUGCAAAAAGAGUUGUCCUGUGGUUCGAAUGGGAAAACUUUGCAUAGAAGUCUCACCACAGAGCAAAAUAGCAUGGAUCUCUGAAACACUUUGUAUUGGUUGUGGGAUUUGCAUCAAGAAAUGUCCUUUUGGAGCCUUGUCAAUUGUUAACUUACCGAGCAACCUGGAGAAAGAAACAACACACAGAUACUGUGCCAAUGCCUUCAAACUUCACAGGUUGCCUAUCCCUCGUCCAGGUGAAGUCCUGGGUUUGGUUGGAACCAAUGGUAUUGGAAAAUCAACUGCCUUGAAAAUUCUAGCAGGAAAGCAGAAGCCAAAUCUUGGAAAAUAUGAUGAUCCACCUGACUGGCAAGAAAUUUUGACUUAUUUCCGAGGUUCUGAAUUACAAAAUUAUUUCACCAAGAUCCUGGAAGAUGACUUAAAGGCUAUCAUUAAGCCUCAGUACGUGGACCAGAUCCCUAAAGCUGCAAAGGGAACGGUGGGAUCAAUUCUGGAUAGAAAGGAUGAAACAAAGACACAAACUGUUGUAUGUCAGCAGCUUGACUUAACCCAUCUGAAAGAAAGAAAUGUUGAGGACCUUUCAGGAGGAGAGCUUCAGAGAUUUGCUUGUGCAGUUGUUUGCAUUCAGAAGGCUGAUAUCUUUAUGUUUGAUGAGCCUUCGAGCUACCUGGAUGUCAAGCAGCGCUUGAAAGCUGCCAUUACUAUUCGAUCCCUAAUAAACCCUGACAGGUACAUUAUCGUUGUAGAGCAUGAUCUAAGCGUGUUAGAUUAUCUCUCUGACUUUAUCUGCUGCCUGUAUGGUGUGCCAAGUGCUUACGGUGUUGUCACUAUGCCUUUCAGCGUAAGAGAAGGCAUAAACAUCUUUUUAGAUGGCUAUGUUCCCACUGAAAAUCUGAGGUUUCGAGAUGCAUCUCUGGUGUUUAAAGUGGCUGAAACAGCUAAUGAAGAAGAGGUUAAAAAGAUGUGUAUGUACAAAUAUCCAGGAAUGAAAAAAAAGAUGGGAGAAUUUGAACUAUCCAUAGUAGCUGGAGAAUUUACAGAUUCUGAAAUCAUGGUGAUGUUAGGGGAAAACGGAACUGGCAAAACUACAUUUAUCCGAAUGCUUGCAGGAAGACUUACACCUGAUGAAGGAGGUGAGGUCCCAAUUCUAAAUGUCAGCUACAAGCCACAGAAGAUCAGUCCUAAAUCUACAGGAAGUGUUCGUCAGCUACUGCAUGAGAAGAUAAGAGAUGCCUAUACCCAUCCCCAGUUUGUAACUGAUGUAAUGAAACCUCUUCAAAUAGAAAACAUCAUUGACCAAGAGGUUCAAACGUUGUCCGGUGGUGAGCUGCAGCGUGUUGCAUUAGCUCUUUGUCUUGGUAAACCUGCAGAUGUCUACCUAAUUGAUGAACCUUCAGCAUAUUUGGACUCUGAACAACGUCUAAUGGCUGCUAGAGUCAUGAAACGUUUCAUUCUCCAUGCUAAAAAAACAGCUUUUGUGGUAGAACAUGACUUUAUCAUGGCUACAUAUCUUGCUGAUCGGGUGAUUGUUUUUGAUGGUGUUCCUUCCAAGAACACAGUUGCAAACAGUCCUCAGACUCUCUUGGCUGGAAUGAAUAAGUUUUUAUCUCAACUUGAAAUCACUUUCAGAAGAGAUCCUAACAACUACAGACCAAGAAUAAACAAACUCAAUUCAAUCAAGGAUGUGGAACAAAAGAAGAGUGGAAACUACUUUUUCUUGGAUGACUAAAUAUUGAAUCUGAGCAUCUUUUGUAACUGGCCCAUAGAAAUGCAUAUUCAAAUCAAAUAUUGAUGGAUAAGAAGGCUCAAUUGAGUUUUAGAACACUUCAUUUUUUUGGAGCUUAAACCUGUGCUGCGUGUAACAUCUGAGACCAAUAGCAGUAUAAAAUCUAGUCUGACUAAAACUGCCACUUUCUAUAUUUUGGUGACACAGCCCUAUUUCCAGUGUUAUAAUUCCAAACAGACCAUCUUGAAAUUGUGCAAGUGAGGCUCCAGCUUUUUCAAAAUUACCAGGAGGUUUUCAAUUCCAUCUAUUCUACUCACAUACCAGGUGCUUACUGGACUUCCAAGUUUUUUAAAAUCAUUGAAGCUUUUCUGUACAAGAUGGAGACUUACCAGGAAUGUCAAGAUACAGAAGAUCCUCUUAUUUUAAAAAGGCUGAAUCUCUCUGUAUGAGGGUUUCAUAAAUAAAUGUCCUCCAAACUUACAGCUCUUCUGUGAUACGGUGCAAAAGUUCUGAUGGAGCAGUGUCUGUGUGGUUAUAGGAUGUCACGCACACCUUUAUCACAUUACAAAAAGAAACAAAAGGAAUACCAACCACCUAUAACAGUGUAAAGAAGGACAUUAUAUCUUUAAGUCCUCAAUCCAUAUGCAUCUUCUCAGACCUAGGUACAAGAGAAUAAUCAAAUAAAGUCUCAAGGAAAACACUAAAAUCCUGUCAAGCUUGUGUCACUUAAACUUGCAUAAGUGAAAAAAAAAGAUUCCCGGCUGGCUUCAUGUCCCAGCUGCUUUGCUUUACACACUCUGCAGUAGAGGAAGAAGUAGGUUUUCUAAGUAAUAAAACAUUUCUAAAGUAAUGAUGUCAGCAGAACCUUCCUUGACUGUAUUGCAAUCCAGCUAUGUGGAGCUGAAGAGAAUGUGUACGUAGAAGCUUGUGACAAAGCAGUAAUUUUAUGUAAGAGGGUAGGGCAGUUCAUAUGUUGGCACAGUGUACCUCAGAUUUAUCAGGUUUAAGAAGCUGAACAAAGUAUGGCUUCAGCUUUUAUGUACACAACAGAGCAUACCUUGGUGCUCAGAGUUUGAAUAGCACUAUAAUGAGCUCAGUGGUUACAUCCCCCAGGACUCACUUAGUUCAACUUGAAAUCCUGGCUGGAUUACAAAACAUAAAGGCCCCCCAACACAUCCACUACAAUUUUAGACAAGAACAGAAAUUGAGUGCAGUAGUUUAUGAGCUUUUAAAGUCAGUUUUGCAGCUUGCCUACAUAUUGCCUGCUGAGUGGGUAAAGUCCUGCUGCUAUUUACAGGUAGUUUUGUCAGCAGAACUAAACCACGCAUCUAAUAUUGCAACAAUUUCCAAUACAUGAAUAUAUUUAGAAAGAAAGUUGAAAACACAAACAUUUAUUUCAAUUAGGAGUUUUAUACAUCACAUGCAUCUGGAAAGAAAUCGUAACUAUCACGCAGGUUUCCUGAUAAAGGGUGUGCAAUCACCUCUUACGCUAGUAUUUACAGAGAUAUAAAAAUAUACACAACACUUAAUUUUACAGAGCAGAGCUGAGUGAACACCGCACACUGCACUCUUAACGAAAAGUCCCAACUGGAAGAGCAACAGUAACACUGCAAGAGAUCAUUAUAAGGGUCUGAAAAAACAGCAUCAGAUCUCCGAUACAGUGUAAAAAUAUAAGGCAGAAGCCAUUUUCUUCUGAAGUCUGGGGAAGAGCAGAACACAGACUAUCCAUCUUGCUUUUAAAAAGUAGUUCCAGCAGUGAGUUGUACAUGCAAAACAUAAAUUUGCAUCAACAGUGCAAUAACAAAAAGAAUACUGAACAGUAGCUCAACCAUACAAACUUAAAAAAAAAAAAAA